AAAGAAAAGGUUUCCAUAGGGGCAGCUCCUCCCCCGCUCCUCACUCAUCCCCUCCAUCUCGCCGCCGCCGCCGCCGCCGCCGCCGCGACCCCCUUGGGUCCUCUCCUCCUGUUCCAGCCGCCGGGAUCGACCUCGCCACAUCAGUCGCCUCCGACGCCGGACCAUUGAAGCUGCCUACGAGGAGCCCAUCUCUUCCUUCUCCAUCACCCUCCUACUGCAGAUAGAUCUCAAGUGGACAGCUGCUAUCUGCCUCGCUCAUCAACCGGAAUGCACUAGGAGGAUCUAGGCGUCUGUCUGUCUGUCUUUGCAAGGAAGCAUGAGACCACGCGCCCGUCUAGAAUAAUAAUGUCCAUGCUCGCGUGCGCGCUUCAAACCAUGGGCUCCUCCUGCAGCAGACCUCACUCCGUAAACGAGGCCGAGGCAGCCGACAACACAAGAUCUGCAGACAUCGACCGGCGGAUUCUGCAGGAGACAAAGGCGGAUCAGCACGUCCACAAGCUCUUGCUUCUCGGUGCUGGAGAAUCAGGAAAGUCCACGAUAUUUAAGCAGAUUAAGCUUCUUUUUCGAACCGGCUUCGACGAGGCAGAACUCAAGGGCUAUAUGCCGGUCAUCCAUGCCAACGUGUUCCAGACAAUCAAAAUACUGUAUGAUGGAGCUAAAGAGCUUGCCCAACUGGAAACUGAGUCUUCAAAACAUGUUAUAUCCCCGGAUAAUCAGGAGAUUGGAGAAAAACUAUCAGAAAUCGGAGGCAGGUUGGAUUACCCACUCCUUAACAAAGAACUCGUACAGGAUGUAAGAAAAUUAUGGGAAGAUUCAGCCAUUCAGGAAACUUACUCGUGUGGAAGUGUGCUGCAAGUUCCUGAUUGUGCACACUACUUCAUGGAGAAUCUGGACCGAUUAGCUGAACCAGAUUAUAUACCAACAAAGGAGGAUGUGCUCCAUGCCAGAGUACGGACAAAUGGGGUUGUGGAAAUUCAAUUUAGCCCCCUUGGAGAGAGUAAAAGAGGCGGAGAGGUAUACAGGUUGUACGAUGUAGGAGGUCAAAGGAAUGAGAGGAGGAAGUGGAUUCAUCUUUUUGAAGGCGUCGAUGCCGUCAUCUUUUGCGCUGCCAUUAGCGAGUAUGAUCAGCUGUUGUUUGAGGACGAGACACAGAACAGAAUGAUGGAGACGAAGGAACUGUUCGACUGGGUACUAAAGCAAAGAUGUUUUGAGAAAACAUCGUUCAUGCUGUUCCUCAACAAAUUCGACAUAUUUGAGAGGAAAAUACAAAAGGUUCCUUUGACCGUGUGCGAGUGGUUUAAAGAUUAUGAGCCGAUCGCGCCUGGCAAACAGGAUGUGGAACAUGCCUAUGAGUUUGUGAAGAAGAAAUUUGAGGAGGUCUACUUCCAGAGCAGCAAGCCGGACCGUGUGGACCGGGUGUUCAAGAUCUACAGAACGACGGCGCUGGACCAGAAACUUGUAAAGAAGACGUUCAAGCUGAUCGACGAGAGUAUGAGACGCUCCAGGGAGGGAACGGGGACGUGAUGAAGACUAGGUUGUUGUGACUGAGCCACAGGAGGGGGAAAACGGCAAUUAGGAUGACACAUUAAGUUUACGGUGUCGCAACUCUGUGUUGUAAUUCAUUCUUUAGUGUAGAAGAGGAAGAAGACUGAUUUGAUCCCUUUGUGCUUGCUUUCACAAACAAAGUCCAAAUCUGAUGAAUACAGUACAGUAUUAUGCAAAGUUUGGAUCUGUCAUUUUGCUUUCUACCUGGCCGUAAAAUAGUUUGCA